UUCCCCUUUUUUUGUGGAAAAAAAACAAUCCUUUCCUUUUCUUUUAUUUUUUUUUUAUAAAAAAAAACAAUCCUUUCCGUACUUCAGAUGCAAUCGAUAUCCUCCUAAGCUUGUUUAGCAUAGUUUUGAUGAUACAUUUUGACAUUUAAAAGUUAAAGUUUUGCAUAGAAGAGUUAUCUUAAACAUCUAAGUACAGUUUUUGUUUGCACCCAUGUGGCUCUUUACAUCUACUGCAUUAUUUAAAAUUCAUAGUAGACUUCUGUAGUAUUGUAACUUGUAAGGUGCUCAUUCUAUUGUUGUUUAUGUUUCAUUUGAGCUUAAUUUAAGGACAAAGGAGAAACCAAACCCUCUUUUGCAGAGCCAAAUUUUGAAUUCCAUAACAAAUUAUUAAAAAUAAUUCUAUCCACUUGCCAAAUUGCUGCAUUUAGGAGAAAAAAUGCACCGACAAAGAUGAUAAGCAAAGCUUGAAAUUAGGUGAGUUUCUUUAAUGGUAAUGGAGAUUAGGAUGAAUGCAAUAUGGUGCUGGAUUAACAUACUGCUACUGAUAUCAACACUCUCAAAUGGUGUUGAAAGUCAGAGAAGGCCCCUUCUUGUCAAUUUUGGAGACUCGAAUUCAGAUACUGGUGGAGUGCUAGCUGGUAUUGGACUUCCAAUUGGCCUGCCCAAUGGCAUUACAUUCUUCCACAGGGGCACUGGCCGAUUAGGCGAUGGUCGUCUUAUCAUUGACUUCUUCUGUGAGCACCUGAAGUUGAGCUAUCUGAGCCCAUACUUGGAUUCGCUGUCACCAAAUUUUAGCAGUGGAGUUAACUUUGCAGUCUCUGGUGCAACCCUUCUUCCCAAGUUUGUUCCUUUUGCAUUGAGUAUCCAAGUUCGUCAGUUCAUUCACUUUAAAAACCGGUCACUUGAGCUCCUGUCACUUGGAUCAAGAGACUUAAUCAAUGAAGAAGGGUUCCGAAGUGCACUUUACAUGAUUGAUAUUGGACAAAACGAUCUACAAGUUGCCUUAUACGCGUCAAACAUAACUUAUAGACCUGUUGCUAAACAGAUCCCAUCUUUUGUUGAAGAAAUUAGAUUGGCAGUGCAGACAAUCUACCAAUAUGGAGGGAGAAAUUUCUGGAUCCACAACACAGGUCCCUUGGGUUGUCAACCCAAAGAACUUGCCCUACAUCCCCAUAAAAGCAGUGAUCUUGAUCGAGUUGGAUGUCUUCGUGUACAUAACCGAGUAGCAAAAACCUUCAAUAAGGGGCUCCGAAUACUUACUGAAGAUCUAAGAUUGGUUUAUAAGGAUGCUGUUAUUGUGUAUGUUGAUGUAUAUUCUGUAAAGUACAGCCUUUUUGCCAACCCUGAAAAAUAUGGAUUCAAGAAUCCAUUUGCAGCUUGUUGUGGUCGUGGAGCUCCAUACUUCUAUGACAGGAACGCAACGUGUGGGCAACCGGGCUUUAGCAUCUGCAGAAAUGUAUCAGAGUCUAUAGUUUGGGAUGGAGUUCAUUAUGCUGAAGCUUCUAAUCAUGUAGUAGCAAAAAGGAUACAGAAAGGACAUUAUUCUACCCCGAAAAUUAAGCUUGAGCAGUUUUGGUAUUCCUGAUUUAUACUAUAUAGUAUUAGGCUAAUCACAUUUUAUCGACAAGCAAUAUGAUGUACUUCCUACAAUACCAGAGUUAAUCACAUUUUAUCUUUGUUCAAGUAUUACUAGUAGUGAGUUAACUAGGAGUACUACACAGGAUUAACUUUUGUUGGAAUUCAGAUAACUUGUCAAAAUUCCUGUUCAAUAAAGUGGGACAUGUGAAUAUGUGAUG